AUGUUGGUCUCCUUGACUGUCGGCAAGGUUGACGCUGGCGUCGCCGUGCUCUUAACCCAAGACAACCGACUGAAACGCAUUCUCAACACGUACGAGCAUCAAGACGCCUGCCCCGCCGGUCCUCCGGCUCCGCAACGCGACCCAGACUUCCCUCGUCCUCGAAUGAGGACCCCGAUCGACCUGGCCACCGCCUCCAUCAAGUCGCUCUCGCUGUACCGCAAUGGCUCGAAAGCCGGCUCGAUACCGCGCCCGCUCGAGACGCGAAGCACCAAGAUCAGCGGCCUCGCCAUCCACACCGAGUACACCUUCCACCUGGUGCUCCGCACCACGGCCGGCACCUACCAGUCCGAGAAGUUGACCUGCCGCACGCACAAGAUGACCGACCUGUCCGGCAUCACGGUCACGCCCGGCGUGCUCCCGCCGCAGCAGAAGGACGCCCUGGCCGCCGCCCUCGACCGCAUCGGCGGCAAGCUGAUCGACUCCGUCCGCAUCGACACUACCCACUUCGUCUGCACCGAGGGUCGCGGCCCUCUCUGGGAGAAGGCCGUCGAGAUGAACAUCCCCGUCGUCGUCCCUGAAUGGGUCGACGCCUGCGAGUCCGAGGGCACCAUCGUCAGCGUCCGCGGCUACUACCUCAACGCGGACCCCAAGGCCCGUCAGCUCGGCCCCAUCCACGGCUCCACCCAGCACCAGCGCACCACGUCCACGGCGACCUCCUCCGCCCCCCGUCCCAGCACCCAGCCCAAGCCCUCCCAGGAUGACAGCCAGGCGCCGCCGGAACCGCCGAUCACGCCUUUCCCUGGCGCCGGCCAGAGCGGCCAGCCUACGGCUGAAGAGCGCGAGCUCGAAUCCGACGAGGAUGACCAGUCACCGCCCCCUCCGCCGCCCAAGGAUGGCGACGAGGAGGUUGCCGAGCCGUCGGUCAACGGCCACGCCGAGCAGAAUGGAGAUAAGCCAUCAGAUACGGAGGUCCCAGCUGAGAAGGUCGAGGAGGAUGGAAACGAUAACGCAGAAGCGGUGGACAAGCCAGACGAGAAGGAGGAAGACUCGUCAAGUAGUGAGAGCAAAAAUGGCAAGGGCAAGGAAGGCGAGGGAGACUUUAAUGAAGUUCCCCUGUGA